AUGUCCUGGUUCAACAAAUCACAUCCUGAAGGGAGAAUGCGAUCUAACGAAAGCGUUUUACGUCAGACAAAUAAAAAAAUCGCAAGUGACUGUAGAUUGCUGGAAAAGAAGGAGAAAGAGUUGGAGCUCGAAAUCAAAAAACUCGCAAAGCAGGGUCACAAGGAAGCCUGCAAUAUUCUCGUCAAAGAACUGUUGCAGUUACGAAAGCAGAAAGCCAAAAACUUGAAUAUAAAUGCACGUAUGAAUGCAAUCAGCACGAAGAAUAGAGAAAUGUACAGCACAGGACAAAUGGCUAAUGUGGUGGGAAAGACAACUAAUAUAAUAAAAAAAAUAAAUAAACAACUACCGGCACAAAAAUUGGCUAAAAAUUUGCAUGAAUUCGUUGAAACCCAAGAACGACUUGGUGUGACUGAUGACAUGGUUUCGGAUGCGUUUGAUGUGAUGCUAGAAGAACAGGAUGGUGACGAGGAACAAGGCGCAAUUAUCAGACAAGUCUUGGACGAAAUUGGCAUAGAUUUGAACGCACAGUUGUCAAGAUCGCCGCAAGUACCUUCGUCUACUGCUUCUGCCACUGAGCCGUCGAAUGAAUUAGGCGAUGCAGAUCUCGAUAAGCUAUUAAGUGAAUUGAAGUCUUGA